GCAGAUUAUGAAAUAAAAUGUGAUGUCAAAGCACCAACAAUAGAGAAAAAUCAAUACCUACACUGUAGGUCUUAAAUAGUGUCAUGUAAAGUUAAGUUUCAUUUCCUAUGGGAAACACCUACAGAACAAUAUCUAGGCAAUUAAUUGAAGCGCAUCAAACAAAUAUGUCAUUCGAUUGUUUGGAAAUUCCCGUCAUACAGGUUUUCAUGAAAAUACAUGUACAAUGAAAAAAUAGAUUUUGCAAAUGCGUGGAAAAAAGCGAUAUCUGUAGAAUACAAUGACUAUUCCACAGAUAUCACUUUUUUCCAUGGAUUCGAAAACUCUUAUCAUUCACUGUUGUUUCUUAUUUUCAUCAUAUAUAGUUAUGGGCCUCGCUCUUAUUCAGAAUGCUCAGGGUUGGAAAUAUUCACACUUUUACAGGCUCAAAUAUAUGAACUAUCAUGUCAUAUUUCAUGUCAUGUGACCUGUGGUGGCCAAUCGCAAAAUAUGAACGAUGACAAUGAUAUUACAACAGAUGAAAAGUUAUGCUACAUUUUAAUGCGAAAAAAGAGAUGUAAGAAAAAUUGUAAUCUCGGGGAAUAGCCAAUCAACAUAUUGGAAAUCAACUUAGAAAAUCCAUCAUUCAUGAAUACACAUAUCUGUAUCUUUUUUCAAUAUUUCAGUUCUUUGAUCUUGCAUGAUAACCAUUCUUACUAAAUUCUAUGUUUCUACGAUUCAAUAAAGCACAAUAUACAAAUAUAUCCGAUCUCUCUCUCUCUUACAGGUAUGGUGUCAUAUAGAUAAAUACACUUUCUAUUUUAUGACAUUAUGUCUGUUGCUAGGAAACUGAAGCUACUACCAACACUCUAUAACUGUAGAACAGUUAAAAUAUACAUUCCUCUUUUACACAAAUUACUUCAUUAUCUAGAAACUAGAUUUACAGUACAGUGUAAUUAAAAUAAAAUUAAAUACAUGUACUGAAUAAGAUUAAAAAUCAAUAAUCACUUUGUUUUCCGAGGCAUUUUUUCUCUGUAUCCAAAAGUACAGUACAUAAUACAUGUAAUAUGGAGUAAAAUCUCUUGGGAAGUACAACAAUAUUAUGAUACAAAACAAAAAAAACUGUUAUUUAUUUCUUCUUCUCUUACACUUACUUCCUCA